AUGACCGUGGUCCUAAAUGAGAAGAAUGAGCUCAUCCUGAUGCGCACGGUGACCGGGUACCGCGUCUGCAUCGACUAUCGCCGCCUCAACGACGCCACCCGGAAGGAUCACUUCCCUCUGCCAUUCAUUGAUCAGAUGCUCGAGAGGUUGGCAGGGCACGAGUUCUACUUUUUCCUGUAUGGAAUGUCUGGGUAUUUUCAGAUUCCCAUAGCACCGGAUGACCAGGAGAAGACCACCUUCACCUGUCCUUUCGACACAUUUGCUUACCGGAGAAUCCCAUUUGGGCUUUGCAACGCCCCCGUCACAUUCCAGAGGUGUAUGCUUGCCACCUUCGACCGUCUGGUCGGAGAAAUCAUGGAGGUGUUCAUGGACGAUUUUUUGGUUUAUGGAGACUCAUUCUCUCACUAUCUCCAUAACAUGGAACUUGUCUUGAAAAGGUGUGAGGAGACGAACCUGGCGCUGAGUUGGGAGAAGUGUCACUUCAUGGUUCGCGAAGGCAUAGUUUUGGGGCAUAAGAUCUCCAAGAUGCGAAUGGAGGUGGACAGAGCCAAAAUCGAGACAAUCAGCAAGUUGCCUCCUCCCACAUCUGUAAAGGGGAUUCGCAGUUCCUUGUGCCAUGCAGGGUUCUAUAGGCGGUUACUCAAGGACUUCUCGAAGAUCGCCUUGCCCCUAACGAAGUUCCUUGAGAAGGAUUCCCCCUUCCAUUUCACUGGCGCAUGCACAUCAACAUUCCCAACCUUGAAGGAGAAGCUUACUCAUGCUCCUAUCUUGUUUACUUCUGAUUGGACCUUACCAUUUGAGCUGAUGUGCGGCGCAAGUGACUUCACCGUUGGAGCUGUCUUGGGGCAGAGGACAGACCAGCAUUUCUGGCCUAUCUACUAUGCCUUGAAGACCAUCAAUGAUGCCCAAGAGAACUAUACCUGCAUAGAGAAGGAGUUGCUAGCGGUGGUGUUCGCCUUCGACAAGUUUCAUCCUUAUCUGGGCUUGUCCCGCGUGAUAGUGUACACGGAUCACUCCGCCAUAAGAUACCUGAUGAGCAAGGCCGAUUCCAAGCCUCAGCUGAUAUGA